AUGACAGCAGAUUGUUUGACACUUGCCACUUGCCACCGACUGACGUUGACAGAAGUUCAGAAGAUCAACCUAUCACCGCUGCUGUUGCUGUCCACAGAAUUUAAAUGUUCUAUUAACGCAGAUGUCGAUCGACUCGGAUGGCUGUUAUGUUGCUGCGCGAGCGCAAGCUGCGCGGGCGUGCUGUGCGCCGUGCUGUGGGCCCGCUUUACGCAGGUGCCCGCGCUAAUCACGUUGCGCGACCUGCUCGCCGAGCCUCAGGUGCUGCGUCUGUCCAACAUAGCCUUCUGCCCUGCCGCGGGCAACAUUGCCCACUUGUUCCAACAGAAUUUAGUUACUGACAACGAGACUCGAGUGCGUCUACCAGCGAUCUUGUCACUCGUGCUGCGCAGGAAGCCCCUCGCCGACAGCCAGACGGAGCUACUAGAGCGCGCGUUGAGCAUCAACAACCUGACGCUGAUGGCGGCACUAUCGCGUCUGAUGCCGCCCUGCGCUCACGUCAUUCGGAAUUGCCGCUGGCUGACCAUGACGCUGCCCUGCGGCGAUAUCUUUCAGCAGGAAUUGACGCAGUGGGGUUUCUGCUGUGUCAUGCGCCCCAACGAAAUCCAACUAUCUUCGAUUAUGAUGACGCGCUACACGACGUCGCGGCGGCUACACGCCGGAAUGCAAUUCUCUGACCACAGUCAAGUCUACGGUUGCGAGUUUUUCACAAAAUACCCCGGCGAGGAGUGGGUGCAGCCAGUGCCUUUGACUCCGGGCUACAACUACAUGGGCUCGCUGACAUCCACAUCCAUAGUGGACAGCGACGCCGACAAGCUCGUCAACAACCGCUGCGUCUACAGGGAGCGCUACACCAGGAGUAACUGCAUGAUAAAAUGUAUCGAGAAGGUGUGCGGGUGCGCCGACCCGCUGCAAAGCAACGAAGACAACGAACCGACCGACUUGCCCACAUGCUCCAUCACGAACCUCAACUGCUUGCGGACUUACAAGAAUGAUAAUCUAACGUGUAACUGCCUGCCGUCCUGUAGAAAAGUUUCCACGGACUUGUCCUUAGAAUUCAGUCCUAUGAAUGCCUUUGAACACGCUUUCGACACCGUCUAUGCAGGAUUAAACGCCAGCCUGGCUGUGGUCCUGACUCUACACGUCAAGAUCAGAGACUCCAAGAAGUUCAUCGUCAACCCCACAGAGACUUGGAUCACCUUAUUAUCGUCGCUCGGCGGCGUGUUCAACAUGUUCCUGGGCGUGGGGCUGUUCAGCGCGCUCGAGCUGAUAUUCCUGAUCUUCGUCAAGUUGCCGAUAGCUUUGAAGAAACCCAAGUUACCAGCUCAAAAUUAA